AAUGCAUGCCCGAAAGGUGCAACUGCAUUGCACUCAUUACUUAACUCUGUCACACGAAUGAGAAAUAUUGCAAACGCAGCUUGCCAUGUUUCUCAUUGCAAAUGAAGCUUGCCAUUUGCGUUAUUUCUCCGAGCCUGCACGCGCGCGCUUGAUUGGACUGGGCUAAAUCCCCGAGCACAUCUCGCGAGGAGUCGCUUCGCACUGACCACUGUGUCACUGUAAUGAUGGCGGCGGCCGCACGCCGGUUCAGCACAAUAUUAAACACCAUUACCGUUUGUAAAAACGGUGCAGGCGUUAAUCUGAGCACAAGCCAGUCGUCCAAAUGGAAAAUCUCCAUGCGACGGAUUGUGACAGGGCUGUGCAUCGCGGUAGGAGGCAUAGCUGUGUGUCAACACUGCCCUGUGAAAGAAGUCAACACAACGAGGAUGAUCCACGCAGUCCCGGUUGUGCUUGCUAGAGAAAAGACCAAGAUAUCUGCUGAUGAUGAAGACAUGCCAAUGUCAGGUCAUGAGCACAGGUUCCGUCUGUUUAGUUCAGUGGAGUACGAAGGGCAGCUUUAUAUGACACCCCUGGACUUCAUCGAGUCAGUUACCAUGAGUGAGCCAAAGAAAAAAAAGUUUUGGCAAGCCCUGACAAAACAGGAUUUAGAUAAGAUUCUCUCAGAUACUCCUCCUGUUUGGAAAGGCUCAUCCAGGCUUUUCAGGAACUUAAAUGAAAAAGGCAUCAUCUCAUAUACAGAGUAUUUGUUUCUUCUUUGCAUUUUGACAAAGCCUCAGGCAGGAUUUAGGAUAGCUUUCAACAUGUUUGAUGCAGAUGGCAAUGAAAUGGUGGACAAAAGGGAGUUUAUGGUGCUAGAGGAAAUAUUUCGUAAGAAAAAUGACAAAAACGAUAGAGGUGGAGAGACUGACAGCUCAUCACAACUGAAUGUGGAACUCUAUGGAUAUCCAGGUUCUGUCAGCCAUGCUGUUCUUAAAAAAGAACACCAAGCGUUUGAACCUAGAAGCUUCUGGGAUGUGCUGAAGCAUGGUGCAAGAAUAGUUCUCUUUUCAGAUCUGAUGGAGCAUGUUCAAGAGAACAUUGCUGACACAACUCUGUUGGUGCAUUUCUUUGGAAAAAAGGGAAAAACUGAACUGAACUUUGAGGACUUCUACAGAUUCAUGGACAACCUGCAGACAGAAGUACUUGAGAUUGAGUUCCUUACCUAUUCUAAAGGCAUGACCACCAUCAGUGAGGAGGACUUUGCUCGGAUCCUUCUGCGAUACACCACUGUGGACAACAUCAGUAGCUAUCUGAAGAAUGUGCAUCAGAGCAUACCUGAUGAGAAGGGAAUCACUUUUGAGGAAUUCAGGUCAUUCUUUCAGUUCCUCAAUAACUUAGAAGACUUUGCCAUUGCCAUGCAAAUGUACAACUACGCAAGUCGACCAAUUGGACAAGAUGAGUUUGCACGUGCAGUCUACGUUGCCACAGGCUUAAAACUCUCCCAGCACCUUGUCAACAUUGUCUUCAAGAUUUUUGAUGUGGAUCACGAUGACCAACUUAGCUACAAGGAGUUCAUUGGCAUCAUGAAGGACCGCCUGCAUCGAGGCUCCUGGGGAUAUCGAGAGGAGAGGUUCACCUCCUUUAAGGCCUGUAUGAAGAAAGAGUUGUCUGGAAAAUAGUUUGGGGAAAAGAAAAAAAAAAUACAGCCUUAAUCUUUCUUUUAUUGUUAUAGGCAUAUUAAUGUUUGUAGUGAUUCUCAGUUAAAUUAGUGAUGUUGUCUUAUUUCCACAAAAUCAAGCUAGGUAGUAUGAUUUUGCAUUGAUGAUGUUUAAACAAAUGACUAGGAACCACACCAUGAAAGCACAGUGUGUUUUGACCAAGGCUUUGCCUAAGCAUCAUAUUACUCUGUAAUAUUAAUGUGCUGGUCGAUUAACAGAUACUAGAUACCAGCCAGACUGUGGGUCAGCGAGGAGAACUGCCAUAGCAUGAUUUUAAGUUAAAGUUCCUAUUAAAGAAAGAAACUAGUUGCCAUUGCAUACUGAAAUUAUAUGUAGGAUGUUACAUUAGGAAUUGUGCAAUUGAAAUUUAUAUUCUGUAGCUAUACUAUAGCUAGUUACCAAUUAGACAAUAAAUUAGACUAUAGUUAGUAACCAAUUUGUAAUAUUAAUGUUUUUAACCCUUUAACAGGCACACAAUGAAAUACUCAUGCACAAAAUCAUUUUUAUGUCCAUUCUUACUAAUUGAAUCACAUUCAGAUUCACGUUUACAUUCAGAUUUUCAAAUUCACUCUUUGGCUUAACAGUUAUGGAUGUAUACCGUCCGGUUAAGUAAUUUAAGGUAGAAGAGCCUACUGAACACAAUGAACCAGUAGUAUGUUUUUACUUUUACAGCUACAAAUUUAAUGAAUUUUGCUUAGAUAUGUUUCUCAUUUAUUGAUAUAUUUGCAGUGUAUCCUCAUUUUGAUAAUCGGUGUAAAACAAGUUAUCUUAAUAAAACGUUAUGCUCAUGAAAUUGCUGAUAAAUCUAGUUCAGUGAACUCCUGCUAAAUCAGUUCAGUUUAGCGACUUAGUGACUGUGCGGUAAACUGUUUUUAACACAACUCAUACAUAAAUACAGGGCUAUGAAUGUAAUAUUAUACCUACAUAAGUGUCAAGAGUGGAAAAGUCGAAAAAAUGUUUCUUUGUGUUUUAUCUUUUCACUGACUUUUGACAUUUUAGCUCAGUAAAAUGAGUAAUGAGGAGUAGAGCUGGUGAUAUCAAUGUUCAGUUUUCAUACUAAAUUCAAAGCAGUAUUUCGUAAACUGAAAGAGCCCCCUUGUGAAUGUAUUAUGCCAGAAACAAUCAUUGUAAUCCUUUGAGAUAAAGCAAAAAAUUGGAGACAUAUUUAUGAACACUAUAUAUUGGAAUGACACUGAUAGAUGUGUAUAAUCGUGUGGUUGAGCUGCCUGUUAAAGGGUUACUUAUUUGUUGUUCACUAGUGAAAUUCCCUGUGUUUCGUUCCUUUUACAGCAAUAACCAUAGACUGAAGACGACACACAGAGUACCUCUAUAUGAUAAGCCAUUGAAUUGGAUUAAGCCAAUACCUCCAGGAAUUAUGCCUAAUACCUUUCCACUGAUACAUUUGCAGGGCCCUUUAACAUCUAAUGAGAGCAUAAUUAAACAUUUAAAUUAUACAUACAGCCUGUUUUAAAAAACAGAAAGAGAUUGAAAUAUUUUAUAAAUAUUUUGUAACCUCAGUUUCACCUAUACAGGAUUCUUCUCUUGAGGCCUUAUGCAGCAACGCAAUAUGCCUUCAUUAAACAACAAAAAGCAAAUUCAUAGUGGGUUUAUGACUAUAUUUUUCUAUGUAGUCUUCUAUAUUACGUCAUAUUUAUACAAAUUAUUUUCAACUGUUUUCUGAAGUCAACGUGCAUGAUGAUUUUUUUUUUCACUUUCAUUUAAAAAAGCCUCAAAGGUAUGCUCUAAAAAUGUGAGAUUUCAGAUACAUUUUAUGUUCAAAUGAUAACUCAGAACCCUGUCUAUUAUGUCCUAUGAAUCAUCAUGACCUUAAUAUCAUAAGCUGCUAUAUACAUAGAAGCUUAUCAUUCUCUACCAUUGAAUAGAAUUUGGUUUUAUAACGUGUUUCUGAUUAAAACAUCACUUUUUCUGUCCACAGCCACCUAUUCAAUCAGGAUUAUUAUUGGACUAUAAACACAUAAUCAGGACAAUGCCCUACUCCCUGUGGAGGUGAUGUCUUCACAGUGAGAAUUCUAAAGGAUGAAAUCAACAGAUAUUUUUUUUAAAAGCCAAAGCCAGUACUGAUGUUUCCCUAUAUCUCACUUGUUUUUUGUACAGUAGGCUACUUUGAAAGCACAAAAAGUAUAUUAUCAUGAGUAAAUAUUAGGCUGAAUAAAUAAUCAUACACUGUACAGUAUGCACGUGUUUAUCUUUUGUUAUGUUGUGGUUGCUAUAUUAUCUUGCUGUAGGCUUUACUAGUUAUCACUAGCUGUAUUUUGCUCAAUUUAAUGUAGGGUACAGCGUAAUGCAGGCUAUCAACACUGAAAAGGGUUAGAAUACAGGAUAAAACAGCUGAGUGCAAUUACAUUUUCCAUUUGAUUUUCAUACUGCUUUGUCUAUCUGCUAUGAUGAAUAUGAUUUGUGCUUUACGUUGACAUGUUUCUUUGGGAAAUCAAAUUUGAAGGUGAGUUCACAAUAAUCCCUUCAAUAACGACUAAUAAGAAUGAAUUGGGUUUUUUUUAUCUUCUGUACUUAAGGAAUGACCCUAUAUGUGUGCCUGCUGUGAGUGUUCUCCCAUCAAUGUUUUCUAGGGCUUCAAAAUGAAUUGUAUUGAGAAUCUCUGUAAUAUCUAAAUGCAUCCCUGAAGACUAAUGAUGUAAAGUCCCAGACUGGGCAGAAGUCUUGAUGCACAGAUGGAAAUGGUGUCUGUAAAUUAUGCCAAAUUUAUGUAAUUUAAAGGAUAAUUAACUAACAAUAGACUACUUUUGAUUCACUAGCACACUUUCCCUAAUACUUGUCAGAAGCUCGCACAAUGCUUGG